AUGGGACUUCUUGCUGAUUUUUUAUCGCAUUUUUGCGAAACUUGCUCGACCCAAUCUCUCUGGGUAUUGUCCUCGUUGGCCCUAGGCUCAUUUAUUACCAUCUCUGUUAUCGUGAACGUUUUAAAGCAGACUUUCUUUAAAAAUCCAAAUGAGCCUCCAUUGGUAUUUCACUGGUUUCCGAUAAUUGGCAGCACGGUUACCUAUGGCAUUGAUCCCUAUAAGUUUUUUUUCUCCUGCCGGGAAAAGUAUGGCGACAUUUUCACAUUCGUGCUUCUCGGCAAAAAGACUACUGUUUUCCUAGGAACAAAAGGUAAUGACUUUAUUCUCAACGGUAAACUCAAGGACGUUUGCGCGGAAGAAGUUUAUUCGCCUUUGACAACGCCUGUUUUCGGCAGGCAUGUUGUUUACGACUGUCCCAAUGCCAAAUUAAUGGAGCAAAAAAAGUUUGUCAAGUUUGGCCUUACUUCAGAGGCACUGCGUUCCUACGUCACUCUCAUCACCAAAGAGGUUGAAAACUACCUUGAUAAAUCGGCAACUUUUCAGGGGAAUUCUGGUAUUUUUAACGUCGCGAAAUCCGUUGCUGAAAUUACGAUCUAUACCGCUUCUCGGUCACUUCAAGGAAAGGAAGUCCGGGAAAAAUUCGACUCGAGCUUUGCUGAACUGUACGCCGAUCUAGACAUGGGCUUUGCUGCUAUCAAUUUUAUGUUUCCCUGGGCUCCGCUGCCACAUAACCGAAAGCGUGAUAGAGCCCAGAGAAAAAUGGCACAAAUCUAUACAGACAUUAUUCAUGAGAGGAGGGCCGCUGGAGGCAAAAAGGACUCGGAAGACAUGGUGUGGAAUCUGAUGUCUUCUGUUUACAAGAACGGAACUCCAGUUCCUGACAUCGAAGUUGCCCAUAUGAUGAUUGCAAUGUUGAUGGCUGGUCAACACUCCUCUUCGUCGACAGGUUCAUGGAUUGUUCUUCGACUUGCAAGCCGCCCUGAUAUCUUGGAGGAACUGUACCAGGAACAAUUACGAGUUUUAGGCCCCGAUCUUCCCCCAUUGACCUAUGAGUCUCUUCAGCGCCUCGAGCUUCACGCAAAUGUCAUCAAGGAAACUCUUCGACUCCACGCCCCCAUUCACUCGAUUCUUCGUGCUGUGAAAUCCCCAAUGCCUGUGGAAGGAACUGAUUAUGUUAUCCCGAUUACACACAAUCUUCUUGCCGCACCAGGUGUUGUAUCACGUAUGCCCGAUUACUUCCCGGAGCCCAUGAAAUGGGAUCCACAUCGAUGGGAGAAAGGUGGCGCUGUGAAUGCCACAAGUGCAUCAGAUGAUAGCGAUGAAAAGAUUGAUUACGGUUAUGGUCUUGUCAGCAAAGGUGCAAACAGCCCCUAUCUUCCCUUCGGUUCUGGCCGCCAUCGUUGCAUUGGAGAGCAAUUUGCAUACGUACAGCUAGGAACAAUCACUGCGGCGCUAGUAAGGUCUCUUAAAUUGAAAAAGCUUGACGGAGACAAUCAGGAAAUACCUGAUACAGAUUACUCUGUGAGUGUGUCUGAAAAUUUUUAUCAGGGCCCGAUUCACUAA